GCUUUACGCAUGCGUAGUACGAAGGGAACGCUUUGACCACGUAGUUAGUGUAGCCUGCAGUAAAGCAUACGGAUUUGUGAAUAAAAAGCUGUAGUAAACUAAUUCCCGGCUGCCAAAUUAAAGCAACGGACCUUUACAAACAUGGCGAGGUACCUGAGACCGCCUAACACUUCUCUCUUCGUCAGAAACAUCGCCGAUGACUCCAGAAUGAUAAAGAUACAGUUCUGGAGAUCCCGCACCAAAGAAAGUUGAAAGGCGGUUUUAGCUUAGAUUCAAGCCAAAGACACCCAGGCGACAAGCAAUAGUGGAAUUGGGAAAAUAAAGAGAGCAAAAGCAUGAAGACAAAGAGGAGAAAAGAGAGCACCCAGGCUUCCAUUUGUCUUCCAAAGCGAGGAAAAGAAAAGUGUUUAUUGGGCAAAGACAAGCAGGAAACCUCAAGUUCUUCUGCCAAGAAAAUAAAGAUCAAGCUGAAGGUCAAAGGUCAAGCAGGUUAAAAGCCUUCUCUGUCCCAACUCUCCACAUUUCAAAAUGAAAGCCCUUAACAAUACAGCUACAUUUGAAGAUGUCCGGGAUGCAGAGGACGCUCUUCACAACCUGGACCAUAAAUGGGUUUGUGGGCGUCAGAUCGAGAUCCAGUUCGCCCAGGGGGACAGAAAGACCCCUAACCAGAUGAAGACCAAGGAAGACCAUUCCCCUCGUAGCGACGAUGAUCGAGACAGACGUCGCAGGCGGUCCCGGAGCCGCAGCAAUGAGCGGCGCAGGUCCCGGAGCCCCUCACAUGAGCGCAGACCUCGGAGGUCUGAGAGCCCGAGAGAAUCUCGUUCUUACAGUCGACACAGACGGAGCAGAAGCCGUGAAAAUGACAGGCACAGAGGUCCCCCUCGUGAGCACCACCGGACACACCAUGAAGCAGGCCCACGCAGCCGCUCUGCGUCCCGCUCCCCUCCCCCCCCCAGACCUAUGGCCAAAGGUAAGAAGAGCCAGUCGAGGUCCCACAGCCCAGCGGAGGACUUCCACCCCACCUCCAGCUCCCACAAACAGCCUGUGGGCCGCUCUCCAUCCCGCUCCCUCUCUCGCUCCGUGUCCCGCUCCCGCUCUCGCUCCAGAUCCUGGGCCGGACGUAAGUCUGGAGGCCACUGACAGUCUGUCCCCCCAGAGCCCUGAUCAUCUGUGUCCCAGGACGUUCUGUUCUGCUACGAUAACGAGAGUGUCCGUUUGUUUUUGUUUCAUCACAUUUCGGUCUGUUGCCAAAGGUGGGACGCAGAGUAUAAGGAGUUGAGAUAUUUUUUUAGUGAAAAGCUUUUUGUUUUUAAAUAAUUUCUUGGAAACCCCAGCCGGUUGUUUUUUUUUGGACUUGUAAUGUGGGAUGCUAUAGGUUAAUAAAGAUGUUACAGUUUGGCGUUGCCAAUAAUAUUUUUGUAUUUUGCGUUACCCAAUGUUUAUGUUCAUCCAUGUAGUAAUAUGCCUGUCUCCAUGUGGCGUAUUAGAAUAAAUAAAGAUACAACUUCAGAGACCCAGCUUACCAGUAUUUACCAAAUAUGUUGUUCCUGCUAUUAUACAGCAGGAAAGCUGUAUACUGUAGUAGCUGUAAUGAGUGUUGCAAUGGAUGCUACCUUGUGCUAUUACCUAGAACUUAGUUUGAACAAGAUGUACCGUCAGUUGAAUUUGUCAAGUGUUCCUUAUAAGGUUAUCCUAGUUUUACUUGGUAUAAUUUGUCAAUAAACAAUGUCGAUGAAGAA